GGAGCGUGAGGCGGAGCCGCGGCAAGGUCGACGACAGCAUCCUGCACUCGACGAGAGGACGAGCAGGGCCGGGCGGGAUUUCAGUGCGGAGGCUCCGAGCGACCGACAGCAACCGGCUUCCUUUGUGUUCACUGCCGCAGAGGGAGCGAGACGAGCGGCGCGAAGGUUCCAGCGUGUGGCCCCAUGUCCCCAGUUAGCUAACGAGCUACCCGCCUCUCUGCGCCCCUCCGCCCGGCAGCGCGUGUUCCUUCCUGAAAGCACGAAGCCUCCCGGGCUCCCACACGGGCCACUGCGCCGCGUCUUCUGUGCGCGCUCGUUCCAGUCGUUUGCGCCAUGUCCGCGCCUUCCGCCCCGGCGACGGAGAGCGAGUUCCUGUCGCCCGACGCCGGGCAGAAGCCGCCCGGUCCGACGCCCAGUCAGAGCCGCUUCCAGGUGGACCUUGUGGCGGAGGCAGCGGGCGCCGCCGAGGAGAGGUCCCCGAACUCGGACACCUCCUCCGCGGUCGCGUCCGGCGACGGGGCCGCUCCCGCCGGCCCCGCGGAGUGUCCGGGCGCCGACCCGGGGGCGUGCGGGGAGGAAGCCAAGGGCCGCUUUCGGGUGGUGAAUUUCGCGGACCCGAGCGGUGCGGGGAGCGAGGCCUCGCCGGAGGCGUCGCCGGCCGACGGGCUGCAGAACGGGGACACGGUGAUGAGCGAGACGAGCCUGCACUCGUCCACCGGGGGCCAGCAUCACUACCACUACGACACCCACACCAACACCUACUACCUGCGGACGUUCGGCCACAACACCAUCGACGCCGUGCCCAACAUCGACUUCUACCGGCAGACGGCGGCGCCCCUGGGGGAGAAGCUCAUCAGACCCACGCUGUCGGAGCUGCACGACGAGCUGGACAAGGAGCCGUUUGAGGAUGGGUUUGCUAACGGUGAUGAGCUGACCCCGGCUGAGGAGGCUGCUGCCAAGGAAGCAGCCGAGUCCAAAGGAGUGGUGAAGUUUGGCUGGAUUAAGGGGGUGCUGGUCCGCUGCAUGUUGAACAUCUGGGGUGUGAUGCUGUUCAUCCGCAUGUCGUGGAUCGUGGGUCAGGCUGGGAUUGCUCUCUCCUGUUUGAUCAUCGCCAUGGCCACCGUCGUGACGACCAUCACCGGCCUCUCCACCUCUGCCAUUGCCACCAACGGAUUCGUACGAGGAGGUGGAGCAUAUUACUUAAUUUCCAGGAGUCUGGGCCCAGAGUUCGGAGGCUCCAUUGGUCUGAUAUUUGCCUUUGCUAACGCUGUGGCUGUAGCCAUGUAUGUGGUGGGCUUCGCUGAAACUGUUGUGGAACUUCUUGCCGGUGCAGACGCCAUCAUGACGGAUGAAAUAAAUGAUAUCCGAAUCAUCGGCACCAUCACAGUGAUCCUUCUCCUGGGCAUCUCUGUCGCAGGAAUGGAAUGGGAGGCUAAGGCCCAGAUCUUCCUGCUUUUUGUCCUCAUCACAGCCAUCAUCAACUACUUCAUUGGAACCUUCAUCCCUGUCAAGGCAAAGGAAUCGGUUGGCUUCUUUGGUUAUCACGGUUCAAUCAUGUGGGAGAAUAUGGGUCCAGCCUUUCGAGGCGAAACCUUCUUCUCCGUCUUCUCGAUCUUCUUCCCUGCAGCCACUGGUAUUUUGGCUGGAGCCAACAUUUCAGGAGACCUCGCCGACCCACAGCUAGCCAUUCCCAGAGGAACCCUCCUGGCCAUCCUGAUCACAGGGAUUGUCUACCUGGGUGUAGCCGUUUCAACAGGCGCCAGUAUUGUGAGAGAAGCUACUGGAAAUGUCAAUGACACGAUCAGUUCCCAGUUCAGGAUGAAUUGCACUGAGGCCGCCUGCAACUUUGGCUACGACUUCUCCUCCUGUAAGACUGACAAAGAAAGCUGCCAUUAUGGACUCCUUAACGACUUCCAGGUGAUGAGCAUGGUUUCUGGUUUUGGGCCCAUCAUCAGUGCCGGGAUCUUCUCUGCCACUCUGUCCUCAGCUCUGGCCUCUUUAGUGAGUGCACCUAAAGUCUUUCAGGCUUUGUGUAAGGACAACAUCUACCCCGGCCUGGCUAUGUUUGCCAAAGGCUACGGGAAGAACAACGAGCCCCUGCGAGGCUACAUCCUGACCUUUGGCAUCGCGUUGGCCUUCAUCCUCAUUGCGCAGUUGAACAUAAUUGCCCCCAUCAUCUCUAACUUCUUCUUGGCCUCCUAUGCCUUGAUCAACUUCUCUGUGUUCCACGCGUCACUGGCUAACUCACCAGGUUGGCGUCCCAGCUUCAAAUACUACAACAUGUGGGUUUCUCUGGCUGGAGCCAUCCUGUGCUGUGUGGUGAUGUUUGUCAUCAACUGGUGGGCUGCUCUCCUCACCAACGUCAUAGUUCUGGGUCUCUACAUCUAUGUCAGCUACAAAAAGCCAGAUGUGAAUUGGGGCUCAUCGACCCAGGCCCUGACCUACCACCAGGCCCUGACCCACACUCUGCACCUCAGCGGAGUGGAGGACCACAUCAAGAACUUCAGACCCCAGUGUUUGGUGAUGACCGGUUACCCAAACUCUCGUCCAGCUCUUCUGGACUUGGUUCACAGCUUCACCAAGAACGUGGGCCUGACGAUCUGUGGUCACAUCCGCACGGGUUACAGGAGGCCAAACUUCAAAGAUCUGGCCAACGACCAGUCCCGGUACCAGCGCUGGCUGCUGAAGAACGAGACCAAAGCCUUCUACACACCAGUGUUCGCUGAGGACAUGAGGCAGGGCACACAGUACCUGCUGCAGGCUGCUGGCCUGGGUCGCCUCAAGCCCAACACGCUGGUGCUCGGCUUCAAAAAUGACUGGAGGGACGGUGACAUGAUGAACGUGGAGACGUACAUCAGUAUGAUCCACGAUGCCUUUGACUUACAGUUUGGUGCCGUUAUUCUGCGACUGAAAGAGGGUCUGGAUGUGUCCCACAUCCAAGGACAAGAUGAGUGCCUGUCCUCCCAGGAGAAGUCUUCGGGGAUGAAAGACGUGAUUGUUUCCAUAGACACAAGCAAGGACUCUGACGCUGAUUCGUCCAAGCAAUCCUCCAAGGCCACCAGCCUCCAGAACAGUCCGGCCAUACAGAAAGAUGACGAGGAGGAUGGCAAAGCUACAACUCAGCCCCUGUUGAAAAAAGACAAGAGGAGUCCAACAGUCCCGCUCAACGUGUCCGACCAGAGGCUGCUGGAGGCCAGCCAGCAGUUCCACAAGAAACAAGGGAAGGGCACCGUGGACGUCUGGUGGCUGUUUGAUGAUGGAGGUCUGACCCUGCUGAUCCCCUACCUGCUGACCAACAAGAAGAGGUGGAAGGACUGCAAGAUCCGUGUCUUCAUCGGGGGCAAGAUCAACAGAAUUGAUCACGACCGCCGAGCGAUGGCCACUCUGCUGAGCAAGUUCAGGAUCGACUUCUCCGACAUCAAUGUGCUGGGAGACAUAAACACCAAGCCCAAGAAGGAGCACGUGUCGGCCUUUGAGGAGAUGAUUGAACCGUACCGGCUGAAGGAAGACGACAUGGAGCAGGAGGCGGCGGAGCAGCUGAAGGACAGUGAACCUUGGAGGAUCACAGACAACGAGCUGGAGCUGUACCGCGCCAAGACUAACCGUCAGAUCAGACUCAACGAGCUGCUGAAGGAGCACUCGAGCACCGCCGCCCUAAUCGUCAUGAGCCUGCCUCUGGCCAGGAAGGGCGCAGUGUCCAGUGCUCUCUACAUGGCCUGGCUGGAGGUGUUGUCCAAGGACCUGCCGCCCAUUCUCCUGGUGCGAGGAAACCACCAGAGCGUCCUCACCUUCUACUCAUAAACCCACCGAGCAGCCCGUCACACCCCUAUGCCUCUGGAAGCAGACAGUCCACAGCUGCUGGGGCACCACACACACUUCAGAGAGGGUAACUCGACAGACACUGGGGGACAGAAUGUGGCCAUGUGAAUAAAAUGAAGGAAGAGAAAUUGGUUGAGGUUUGUAAAUGCUCUACAAGUGAUGGAGGAAUGUCAGGGUGGAGGAGGAGCGGUCGCCCACUCUGCUCCUUUCUAUAUAUUUAUUCCAAGAUGUCAGAAUACUUCUCUUGUAGCUCUAGUUUCUUCUUCUUUCCUCAUGAAAAUGUCUUUCUUGUUUAAGUUGAUUUGUCUCAGGCUCCAAACCAGUCGUGCACAAUCAUCACGUUGUUGUUCUCAUGAUAUGAAAUCCUUGUGAAUACCUUGAUGUCAUACUGUUUAGUUGAUAGGAGUCGUGACGCCGCAAUAAUCAGCCCGUUGUUUUCUUUCACUGUCGGAGAGAACAUGCCUCCUAAAGCCUUAUGGACGUGCCUUCCAGAUGAGCCAGAUGAAAUAACUCUAUUGACGAUAUGAAUAAUAGUUAGUUUUGAAUGUGAUUCUUCAUAUUUAUGCACAUGGUUUGCAUGAGUUUCAUGAACGGUGCCCCUUGAUCGCAUAAAGAAUUGUAAUUCUUGUAAUUUAAAUUGUACCCCAAUCAACAUGUUGAUUUUAGACCAUUGCAUUUUAAUCUUGAGUUGAUUUCUGGACAUUCAGAAGGGCCUCAGCUUCUGGAACCUCGUGUUUCAUGAGCCCGGUCAGAAGGAAACUCUCUUCCCCGAAGCUGCUGAUUGACUUAGUGAAGAGUUCUUGUAUUUUCUGUUCUUUCUGUCGGCCCAACACGCUAGUUAAAACCCUGCCUUAAUGCUACAACUAGCAAUUGUCACAAGUUCCUUUUUUUUCUCGAAAAAAAAAAAAAAAGCCAUACUGGCUGGACGGUCUGUUGGUAAAUUCAGACAGCAAUCAAUGUUGUAUGUUCUUCUGUAGUCCACGUGCACUCGUCUGGUUUUGUGUGGGACUGUGAGCUGCAGGUGAAGUGACAUGUCAGUGACAUGUCUGUUCAGUCCGAACGCAUCCUAAAUCUGUCUGUUAGUUCACUGGUAACAUUCAGUCAUCAAAUACAUAAACAAGGACGGAAACUGAACCACAAACCAGAACAAAGUUCCAGUUGUGGCUGCUGGUUAUUGAUUAUUGCUGUAGAUCACAAACUGCUACAGCUUCUCUCUCUCUCCGCGUCUGUAACGGGCUUGUUCCUGUCGACUGUUCUGUCCUGCACUGUUCGCAAACUGACAAGGAAUGUGACACAAUGUUACGGUUGGUUUCAUGUACUGUAUAACGAGCUACUGUAGGAAGGAGCCUCCGUCAGUCACUCCUGUUCUCUGGUGUAUGAACUGUAGAGUGCACGUAUACAGUCAGUACAAUACACCAGCAGUGAAACAUUUUAGAGCGCCUCCAAUGUCUCGCUGUAUAAAGUGAAGGGGCGGUUGAGGGAUUUAAAUUCAAAAUUGAAUCUAAAUUCAACAUCUCAAAACACUUGUGGCAUCUUCUUUCUAAAAUGGAAAUGAACACUUGUGCAGAAACGGUUUGUUCCAUCAGACGGAACAACCCUGAUACAUGAUUUUUUUAGUAUUAGGCAGUCUCGGUAAGUUUACCACUUACCAGUGUACAAGUUCACAUUCUCCACUGGACUUGAACUGAACACCGUAAAUGUGUGAAGAGUGAAGAGCCAAAAUGUCUUCCCAGCUGUUAGUGUCAGUACCGGUCCAGUCUGGGUUGUAAAAGCUGAACACGGCACGCAUAAAUAAUAUGUCAGAGGAAGAGACCAGUUCCCAAUGAGGAAAAUGAAACCUGAUCCAACAGAGGCGAGCCGAUGGUCCCGUCAGGUCCGUGAGGGCUGGUCGAACCGUUGUGUUGUGUAGUUGUACUGGAACCAAAAUCUGAAUAUCUCUACCUCUCUAAUUUUGGCCAUUUUUGAAAAUCAAUCUUUUGCCACUUAACGGUUGGAUUCAUGCUUCUCAGUGAAAUGAUCGUCUCAUUCUCUGUUAAAACAAAAGUGGUUGACCCCUUGUAUCCACAUACGAUGUCCGUUCACACAUAGCACAUACUGUUUUUGUCAAAUUUGUUCCUAAUAUGGAUUUGGAGCCGGAAACGUUUGAAAAAAAAAAACAACAAAAAAAACUUAUGAGCUUGUGGGAAACUCUGACCUUUGAGAGGCGCUGUUGUGAAGUGUAACAAAACCGAGGAGUGUAUCUUAAAAGUCGGUUCAUCAUUCUGCUGUGAGGCACUCAUUCUCCCUCGCUCGCUGUCAGAGAGCAGCAGCAUCACACACAAGAACACGGGUUUCUCUAUAUUUGUAUAUUUAAGAAAAAACAUCUAUCUCUCUCUAUAUAUAUAUAUAACAUAUAUAUAUGUGCCUAUCUAUACACAUAUAUAAUGUAUCAGUCUGACCUGGAGAGGUUCUCUGUCUUCGAUAUGUCACAUUAAAUGAAACAAAAGACCUGUCAACAUUUUACAACCAAAUAAUAGUGUCUGUGUCUUUUUCUUCACUUCUGUCCUGAUAUAGAUUCUAUAGCCUGUUGAUAAUAUACUGUGUUCUAUGUAGAAAACCAAAUGUUACCCGAGUCAUUUCACUCCCAAUCAUUGUAUGUCAUUUUUUUUUUUGCCAAAGCCCCCUCCCUCUCCAGUCCCCAUCUGCCAUGUGUCACGCUAUGAUAAUGGGUGACGGUGUAAAAAUCAUAAACUGGUCUUAAUAUCUCAUGACGAUGGACCAUCAAAUAAUCUGUAAAUAAACGUUGUAGUCUAAUGACAUGAAUAAAGGGAGUGGAAAAUUAAUGUCAAAUUUUCAAUAUGGAGAAAUAUUUAUUUUAGUUUAGACUUUUCUCCGCAUAUAUUUCUUUAAUAUUUCGGUUUUAGCUGUAAGUACAUUUGCAUGUUGAUUUUUGUCCCCGUUGCCUUUUGAUUUUAGCAGAUUGUCUUUUCUCUUUUUGUCUUUUUUUUUUUCUUUCUUUGAAUAUGUGUAUUCCUUUCUUUCCGACGCCUUUUGAGGAAAACACAUGACAUUAGCAGGUCAGACCUGUUUUCUCCUGCUUUCACACACGUGGAUGGAAUCGACGCCGCCGGCUGAAGCAGUAAUGUUUUGAUAUACUGCACUGUUAACAGUAACAGAUGCUUUUUCUAAAAUUUUAACAUUUAUGAUUACCAAUACUUUGUACAUCUUUAUUGCAAUAAAUAAAUCAAAUGAAAUCA